AUGACUGCUUUACGGAAUUACACUCGGGCUAUCCGAGCCACUAAGGGCACCGCACUGCUCGGCUACCGAUUACAGCACGUCCGACUCCUAAGCACGGCUGCCUCUAAGACCAUUAAUGUUGCCGGGCGGGACAUCUCAGUACCUACGGGUAUCUUUAUCAACAACGAGUUUCGGAAGGCCAUUGGUGGGACCACCUUUGGCGUAGAAAAUCCAGCAACUGGCAAGGAAAUUCUACAAAUCGAAGAAGGCAAAGAAGCAGACGUGAACGAGGCCGUCAAGGCGGCGCGCGCUACCUUUCGCAACGGCGAAUGGGCGUCGUCAGACCCUGUCUACAGGGCAGAUCUUCUUCGCAAACUCGCAGAGCUGAUGGAGCGUGACAAGGAACAGCUCAUCGCACUUGAGAUGCUGGAUACUGGCAAGACAUAUCAGCAAGCCUCGACACUCGACUUCCCUGGCUCCGUGGGAACGCUCAAGUACUAUGCGGGCUACGCAGACAAAGUGCACGGACUAACCUCCUUCAACAUCCCCAAAACAUUUGCCUUUACGAAGCGAGAGCCCAUUGGAGUUUGUGGGCAGAUUAUUCCCUGGAAAAUCCACCAAGAAGGGACACAGCCCUAA